AGCGAGCGUCACGUCCUGAACGUGGCGGGAGACGAGCUGAACCCAUGAGGUAAACGCGAACUGAAAUAAGUGUCAGAGCACUACAGAGUCCGACAAUGAGCAGGUUACGUUCAGCGAUACACAAAGGCAAAAGAGCCCGACGGGAAAUUAUAGAAGCUGCAAAACCAAAGCGCCGGAGGACAAAGACGGCGAAAGAAGAGGAAACUACGAACGCGGCCUCGUCCUCCACGUACCACACCUUUCCUGAUCCUGCUGAUGUCGUGCUGCUGCGCUCUCGGCUCCUGACCUGGUACGACGCGGAGAAGAGAGAGCUGCCAUGGAGGACUCUGGCUAUGACAGAACCAGACCUUAACAUCAGGACAUAUGCAGUGUGGGUUUCAGAAAUCAUGCUGCAACAGACUCAAGUUGCCACAGUAAUAGACUACUACAACAAGUGGAUGAAGCGGUGGCCCACUGUACACGAUCUCUCAGCUGCUACUCUUGAGGAGGUGAACCAGAUGUGGGCGGGCCUUGGAUACUAUUCCCGAGGAAGACGACUUCAUGAAGGAGCUCAGAAGGUCGUGACAGAGCUGAAGGGACGGAUGCCUCGGACAGUUGACAGCCUGCUCAAACAGUUGCCUGGUGUGGGACGCUACACUGCUGCAGCUAUAGGUUCUAUUGCACUAGGACAGGUUACUGGAGUCGUGGAUGGCAAUGUGAUCCGGGUGCUGUGUCGCCUGAGGGCCAUCGGAGCUGACAGCACUAGUCCUGCAGUGACAGAGGCACUUUGGGAUCUAGCCAAUACACUGGUUGACCCAGAGAGAUCCGGGGACUUUAACCAGGCCAUGAUGGAGCUGGGGGCACGGGUGUGCACCCCUAAAGCACCAGUGUGCGGCCAGUGUCCUGUACAGUCUCACUGCCACUCUUAUCACAAGGUUCAUGUCAAACAAGAGCAAAACUCCAAGAAACUUUUGGGGAAGCUGGAUAGGAAGACGUCAGCCCCGCCUGAUAUCGAAGACUGUGUCUCCAGUGGGACAUGCCGACUGUGUCCCUCCGAGCCCUGGGACGAUGAGUUGGGCGUUCACAACUUCCCCAGGAAGCCGGCAAAGAAGCCGCCCCGAGUGGAGAGAACUCUGACCUGUGUGGUGAUCAGAUGUGGAGACGGGGGAGAGGACGAGUACCUGCUCACACAGAGACCGGACAAAGGAUUGUUGGCUGGCUUGUGGGAGUUUCCGAGUCUCCUGCUGGAGGAGGAGAACUCAGACACGAAACAGAAGAGGGCGCUGUGCGCCGAGGUCAGCAGGAUACUGGGGAGUCGCCUGACCGAGAGCCUCCUCCAGUACAUCGGGGAGGUGGUUCACAUCUUCUCCCACAUCCACCAGACGUAUGUGGUUCACACUGUGCGUCUGACGGACGGACAAACACGAGCACCGACUGAAAAUGCACAGUGGCUCAGCAGAGCUGCUCUGCAGGAAGCUGCCGUGUCCACAGGAGUGAAAAAGAUUGUGAAGCUUCAUGAUUCUGUGGACAGUCAAAAAGAACAAACCCCUAAGAAUGGAAAGAAGCAAAAAACAACUGACAAGAAACCACGGAGGUCGAAAAAACCCUGCGUCAGCGGCGGACAGCUCUCGCUCAGCUCCUUCUUCAAGGCAGUGAAAGAGGAAUCUUGAUGGAAUUUGGGGUGAAAGUCCUUCAAAGUGCCUCUUCAUGUAUAUGAUACCUUGGUCCCAUCAGUGGUAACUAAACACAAAAUGCCAUUGCAUUAUUUUAAAGAGAUCAGCUUUUAAAUUGCCAAAAAAUACGGCUCAUUUGAUAUUUUCGUAGGAACUUGUAGUGGGACUUUGGACUUGUCGUGCAUCAGCAUUGUACCUUGAUGUUUUUUAAUGACCUCAUUGCAGACAAUAUUUUUAUCACUAUAUUAUGACAAUGAGGGACUGUGUGGAAUCUGUAUGACGUCCUUAAAAUGUGCUGCAGUGCUAUUAUCAUAAUUUUGUGUCAACUCACUAAACACUUUGCAAACAGCAUGUUAGAUAAAUGUUGUCUAUUACCACAAUAAAUGUGUAAUUUUUG